CAGUGUUGUUCUCUAAAGUAUAUAAUUAGUCGUAUAAACAUGGAUAUACGGAUUUUGUUUUGCAUAUCGAUUUUGUUAUAUAAUUUGCUGAUCAUAUCGUCAUCUUUUACGAGAAAGAUUUUGUAUUCAACCUAUUCAUUCAUUAAGGAAUUUGACGUCGAAUCAAACAAUGUGACUAUUCUAGCCGAACAAUCUGACCGAGUGUAUGGUAUGACCUAUGAUGAUAAAAACAACUAUAUUUAUUUCACCCCAGACACUUCUCCUACGAUGUAAUGAGAUUUCGUUACCCAUCACAAAACUAUACGCUACAAACUAUUUGCACAACAAGAAUUAACCCAGGAGGAAUAGCUAUAGAUUACGUAAUGGGACAAGUGUAUUUCGCUCAUGAUCGCUCUAAGAUCUCUAGAUGUAACUUAGAUGGAUCAAAUGCAGUGGAUAUCCAUACAAGUCUGACCGGACCUUUUGCCUUAGGACUCGAUGUUACUAAAGGGUGGAUGUAUUUUUCAGAAAAUGGAGUACCACGUAAAAUGGUAAGAUCAAGAUUUGAUCUUUCUCAAAGACAAGACAUUUAUACUCAACCAACAGAGGCAUACAGCCUUGAUCUAGAUCUGGAGGAACAAAAGCUUUAUUGGAUUAUUGAUGAAAGUAAUGAAAUCAAAUCAGCAAACUUUGAUGGGACUGAUAUUAAAACGGUUAGGAACAUUAAUCCACAUGGCAGCAAAUAUGACAACGUUGCCAUUCGCAUUUCUAGAAGUUACAUUUUCUUUACUGAACUUGGCAAGUUAUUUAGAAUGAAUAAAACGACUGCGACCUCGCCAACUCUAUUGUUUACCGACACACAGCGUAUUAACAGCUUAUAUCUUUACGAACAUACAGGUAAGAAACGUCAUUUACUCAGUCUGAAAAGAAAUGAUAUUUCGUAACAAAUAACAUUUGAAAAACUAUUGAUAAAAGCUCACUCGAUGAAAGAUUUUUUUGGUGAAAAAUUUCUAUUUGGCCGCAUUUUGAUAUGAUUUGUCUGUAGUGAUUAAUGAAUAGUUCUGGCAAAUAAAAUGAAUUUCUUUGGUCAUUCAUGUAGAAAUAAAUAAUUUCUUGAACUCCGAAUCAAUUCUUUUAAAGAUAGCAAAGUUCAAGUCCAAUGUUUUAAUAUUGUAUUUCUGUGUACAGAUAUUUUAUUAUAACUUUAUGUUUUUGUUGAUAUAGCAUGAAUUGUUUUGUAUUUAUAUUCUAAUUACUUUGCCUGCUUUCAAUAUGUAGAAUUACCAUAAUAAUAUAUAUAUAUUUUUAAUAUUACAGUGUGUUUUCCAUUGAGUGAUUUUCAUGAUUGUAUAUUUGAAUAUCGAUAAAAAUGUCUGUCGUGAUAAAGCCUUGAUUUUGACUCUGAUAUUGUAUGAUGUUUUGGGUUUUUUAAUUUUUGCAAUUUAGCAAACAAUAAUGCAAAUAGGAGAGUUGUCUCAUUGGCACUCAUACCACAUCUUCCUAAAUCUAUAUUAUAGAUUGUAAAAGUCGUCCUUGUAUUUGCAGAAGAAAAUCUGCACUCAUUGUUGAUACCUUUAUCUGCAAGUGCAUGCUAUGUUUAUUAUGAAUGCCAUAUUUUUUCAACAUUAAAAUAGUUUGGUACAUCAGAAAUAUCUAUACAUUAUUAGGUAUAGCUUCAUCAUCACCAUUCAUUCAAAUUCUUCUUGGAGUAUGUUAUACAUCUAAGCAGACGCCACAGAAGAAGACAGAAUUGAUGAAACUUACAUUUAAGACAUUUUAAAAAAGCAAAUUUCGAAUCUUUCAUGAAUAGUAUUUGAAGAGUUAUUCUUAAAUUAAUAUAGUAAUGGGGAAAUAGCUACGAGAUAUAUAAGAAUUUUACAGCCAGUAUGGUCAAAAUAAGAAACAUUAAUAAUAAUUCGACCUCAUUUAAUCCGUAGUCAGGUGACCUUUAAUUCAACCCCUCAUCGAGAGAUUGAUUACGCCAAAAAAAAAAUGCGUGUUCCGUUAUUAAAAGGAAACAAAUGUCAACAUUGAAAGUGAAACAAAGGUAAAUUAUUUGAUUGACCGAUUUGAUCAACAAAACCUUAUUCUUAUACAGCUAUUUACAAAUGAUGAUUUACAUAUAUUGUUAAUCUAUAAUAUGAAAUUAAACAAUGUUUUUAAUUUUGAUAUAAGUUUUAGUAUUUUAUAAAUCAAGUAUGAGAAUUUGAGUCAAAUCUGUAAACAUGAAUUCGACAGUUAAUGCAUCUUUUGUUUGAUUUGUGUGAUUACUUUGAACCAGUAUUAAUAAAGAAUAUGCUUUCGUGUUACUCUUUCAUUUUUCUAAUAAUAGUGAUUAUGUAAGUACUGGUUUGAAGUUUU